UUCCAGUGGACGAAGAUGCAGAAGUGGAGGACAUGGACGGCUCAUGUACUUCGGGACCAGCGAGAUGGGGUUAUGAAAGGCUAGUAAACAAUGCGGCAAUAAGGACUAACGCGCAACGGGAGGGAUCGUAAGGGACAGGAUGGCAGGGCUCGACCAGGUUGCUCUUAAUUAAAGAUAGGUAAUUCGAAGCCUGUCCAGCGGACUUCGAGGAAUAGAGAAAAGGUUGCGUGGAGCAAAUUAUGGUGUUGUGCCUGUCUGGAAGCAGAGGGACGAAAGGUUAUGUACCUUAUAAGUUCCAUAAGCGGCACAAUUGCAACUAAUAGAUCUGGAUCUAUUCUUGGAGUUUGGCCGGAUGGUCAACAUGUGUCUUCCCCCGAAGAGAGAUGCGAACGCCGCGUUGGGAAAGAAAGAGCAACAGCCAUUGGCCAGAGCAGACUCAUCCUGCAGGUUGAUAUUGAAAUUUGGGGCCUUUUGGUGUGCAGCUAUUUUUGCGUAGCCGCCGGGGAGUGGUUGGUGGAAGGGUGGGGUGCACGGAUCUCGAGUGAACGAUUAGGCUGGUUGGUGGCCCCCGCAGUGUUUUUAGCAGUAAUAUCACCCAAAUCAGACAUGCACGCAGACCAGGGUUUGGACAUGUUCUCUCCUCGGCGUGCGUGUGGAGGGCCCCCAUCCCGCAAUAUCAGUGCAUCCGAGAGCGACGUGGGAGGCCAGAUCAAAAACACUUGCAGCGGAUGCGAUAACUGGCCGGCCCGGACGUUGCUGGCUCGCUCUGACCACUGUCGAUCCUUGAGAGCUGCAGUAUUGCCAAGAUCGCAUAUGUCGAAAUCCGCAUUUGCAGCUUCUGGUAUCCGGAAUUCUGGUAACUUUUCCCAUCUCCCUCUCUUUUACCCCCCGCCCCAGGUGGGAGCAAGUGUUGGUGUCUUGUCGUCCGAGAUUGGCCGCGAAGGUAAUGCGCAGUGGCUCGGUGAUUCGGCUUGAAAAGACAGCUAGAAGACAUGGAGGAAUUUUGCGAACAUACUCGUGCUCGAUUGAUUCGUUGGAGCAGUUA